UUACUGAUUUAUCAAAAAGCACUGGCUGAUAAUCUGAAACUGUAAAAUAGUAAAGUAUUAUUAAUUACCGUAAAAUAUAUACAUAUAUAAUUAUGGUUUCUGAUGAAAAUGUGGGUGAUAUGAAAAUGGCUUGUGAUUUGUUAGACAAGCUUGUUCUGCGACAGUUGCAUCUAAUGGAAGAUAAAAUUUGCUGUGAACUUAAUGUAGAAACUAGUAUUAAUAAUGGAAGUAUACAUUUGGCUAAAUCUAGAUAUAUCAUGGGGCAAAGUUCCGUCAGUAAAGAAAGACUUCCAACUGAGAGUAGUGCAGAAUUUUCGGCAUCUGUGACUUGUGAUACCAUUGUAGAGGAUAAUGUAAAACAACUCAAGAUAGCUAAAACUGAUACCAGUGCCACAUUAGUAAAUCCCUUAAAUUGGUUUGGUGUUUUGGUCCCGCAAAAUUUACAUAAAGCAAGAGAUAUUUUUCAAAAUACUAUAAAUUUUGUCAUUGAUUGUGUUAAUAUUCAGAUUCAAAUACUUGAAAAUAUCAAAAACAUUAAAAUGCUAAAGAUGUAUAAAGUAAGUAUUAUAAAUAAGUCAACUUAAAUAUUACAAAUGAAAUAUCAUUUUUGAUUUUAUUAAUUUAUUUGAACAGUGACAAAACUGCUAUUUAUAUUUAAGUAACAUUUUAUGGUAAUACUGUACAAGCAAGAUGUUUGCAUAAUUGAACCAAGUUUAUAAAAUUAAUCAAUGUAUAAAUACUAUUCCAGAAGUAAAAAAAUAUUAUUUUUUUCAAAAUC